UAUCGUCGACAUUGUCAUUUUCGAUAUUCUACAAUGUACAUUCUACAUGAGAGACGAGCUUGAAAUUGUGUAAAUUAUAUCGUGGAAAGCCAUGACAUCGGAAAACAUCGCGCAUGCAACGAAGAAAUGAGGCGAUCGUGACGUCUCGGGAGACUUCGCGCUCGACUUGAACAACACUCGAGGUUAACUCCCGCCGGAGACAAUCGCGCAUCCAAAUGGUUACGACCUCGCGUUAUAACCUACGCCGUGUAUGCGAUUCUUAUAUCAGCUGAUGAGUUCGAUGUAACUGCGUGCACAACAACCAGAUUUUUAAACAUCUCAUUCCCCACGAUUCACCGAAUAGAAAACGUUGCAAUGGCAGAUCUCGCCUUAGGAGAACUCAGCGGCGAUCAAACCGAAAAAGUACUACAGUUUCAGGAUCUCACUGGCAUCGAAGAUCUAUCAGUAUGCAGAGACGUUUUGCAGAGGCACAAUUGGAAUCUAGAAGUGGCAGUUCAAGAACAAUUAAACUUGUACGAAGGCAGACCAUCCAUGUACGCACAAGACUCGCGUGCCCGUCCACCACAGGUCGUAGAUGAUAGUAGUUCGAGAAUUUAUUUUAGUUACCCUGGGAGUUCUGAUGGAGGUGAUUUUGAUGAUUAUUAUCCUUGUGGUCGUACAUGUAGACUUAUAAUCAUGCACUAAUCAAAGUAACUAAAUAAUAUUUUUCAAGUGUCCUCCGAUCCAGUGGAAGAUGUAGUCAACUUUAUUAGGUCUUAUGAAGAGCGUUAUGGUAACAUUCAUCCAGUAUUUUAUCAGGGCUCCUAUAGCCAAGCUCUUUCGGACGCGAAACAAGAAUUAAGAUUUCUAUUGGUAUAUCUUCAUAAGGAUGAGAUGCAGGAAGUUGACCAAUGGUGCAGAAAUACAUUAUGCGAUCCAGAAGUAAUACGAUAUAUAAAUACACAUACUUUGUUCUGGGCAUGUAACGUAAAAUCCGGAGAGGGUUAUAAAGUCGCAGAAGCGCUCAAAUCAGGUUCAUAUCCUUUUCUAGCGCUUAUCGUGCUGAAGGACAAUAGAAUGACAAUAGUCGGUCGAUUGGAAGGUGCACCAUCUUCCGCAGAUUUAACGUCGCGAUUGCAAACAAUCAUAGAGCGUAAUGAAAUUAAUUUGAUCCAAGCACGUCGAGAAAGAGCAGAGCGUAGCGCGGCGCAAUCACUUCGGCAACAACAGGAUCGCGCUUACGAGGAAUCGUUACGUGCAGAUCAGGAGAAGGAUCGCAGAAGAGAGGAAGAGCGAAGAGCGCGUGAAGAACAAGAAGCUCGAAAAAAGGAAGAACUGAACGCGCAAGAAAUGGAGAUCCAACGUAUACGUCUUGAAAAAGAACUAACUGUUAGCAAAGUGCCCCUCGAACCAGCACCAUCUAAUCCCAAUGCGUGUCAUCUUCAAAUUAAACUUGGAGAGAGAACGAUGAAAAGAAGAUUUCUUAUGACUGAUACGGUCGAGGAUGUUUAUCAUUGGAUAUUCAGUCAACCAGAUUCUCCAGCAAGUUUCGAGAUAACAACGAGCUACCCUAGAAGGGUCCUCUAUCCUUGUAGAGACAUUUUGACUCUAUUGAAUGCUGGUUUAACUCACAGAGAGGUUCUUCACGUUAACGAUUUGGACGACUAAUCGCGAUCAUUACUUCGAUAUGGCAUUCUGGUAUCAUUCCAUAAGAAAAAUGAUACUGUUGUAAAAGACAUUUAUCAAGAAAUAACACGAGCUCAGCAUAUACAUACAAAACACAUACAUACACAAACCACGCAUAUAUAUUUGAUACAUUCUAGUACUUUAUGUAAGGUAUACCUUACUGAAUGAAAAAUAUGAUUACAUGAAAUAUACCAAAUGAUAGGAAUCAAAAAAAGAGAAAAAAAGGUGUGUCUGUACGUACAUCUUAUUUAAAUUAACAAACGAUAUAAAUUACUUCGACCGGCGCGCACUUGCUGAAAAAUGCAUUUCAUAUAGUAAAAAAGAGAUAAUAGAUAGGAAACAUAUUAAAAUCCUUUUGUGUAAGAAAAUGAUCUCGUAAAACAAUUGUACAUCAUAAUUUCUUUUAUAUCUUUUCCGAUACUAAACGUACAUUGAAGAACGAUGGUAUAGACGAUUUUGGAUAAAUUUGAUGCAUCUGAGCACGUUCCUGUAAAUUUGUCUAUUUGCUUUAUGAUAAAUAUACACACUGAAUUUAUUUAAUAUUAUUAAAUAUAUAAGGAAGGGAAGCAAAGAGCAUUUUUUUUUAUAUAUAUGCUUAUUGUACAAUCAGUUUUUUAUCAGCAGAAGGCGCAUUCAGUAUUUUCACGCUCCAGAAUAAUAAAUAUCAGAAUAUGAAUAACAAAUUACAUAAAUAAUUUUGAUUUACAAGAAAACUAUGCUAUGUGUAACGCGCCUAGUUGUUUGAUACGUUUGAGACAAAAAAACAUUGUAUUUUAUCGGUUUAACCGAUGUAGUUAUAACUAUUUAUAGAACAGUAACAUUGAUGUUUCACAAUUUUA